AACACUUAUUAGAGAUCCGACGAAGAAGAUUGAGAUUGUUGAUUUUCAAGUCCAAACAUUUCCACGAAUUUUGUGUAACACCAACAUGAAGAUCGUUCUACAUUUGGGUCUUAACCCAAAAUCGAAGAUUCACACAAUUUUUGGGAUUUGUUUUGGUUUGCUACUCCGUGAAAAUCCCAAACGGAUAUUGCUUACAAGGGGUUCGACAGAAUUCCUCAGUGCUCAUAAUUGGUUUUUUUUUUGUAUCAACCCUUUUCACGUGGCUCUCACGUGAGAAAAGCCAGCUCACUGUUGCUGUUGUUUUCUACAUUCUGACAAAUUUCUCUCCGAAGCAAAGGAAACCUUGGAGAGCAAGAAAACGCAAGAAUCUUGAGAGUCGUUACUAUGAUGAAGCCAUCUUUCCUGGAAGAUGUUGAGGUCAUAAAACUCAUCACGAAAUCUAGAGAAGAAUUCGUUAAAGGAAAUCACUGCAAGGCCUUGGAGAUACUUGAAGAUUUGAUUUUUGACCACAAGAAAGACAAGGACUCAUGGUUUCUUCAUAUCAAACAAGGUACAAUGUUCGUGAAACUAGAGGACAUAACAGAGAAUCCAGACGUGGGUUUCGCAUACUUGGUGGCUUCUGUACAAUGCUAUUCUCAAGAUGUGAUAUUAUCACGACUUUGUGCAAUGGGAUUCUACAAUUUGGCCAAACAGCUUGGGUCAGUAUCGUAUUACAAGCAAUGCGUGAAGAAAUCAAAACAAGAUUUAUCAGUUACUUACCCAGAAAACACGAGUCCUGUUGCUCGAUCAAUGUUGCAAGAGCUAAAAAAAGAUAUGAACAAAGAAUUCAAUACUUUAAUCAGAGAUGCAGAGCGCAUGAUCGCUGGAGCCAAGACUUCCCCUUUAAGCUCUGAGUCUAAAGUUUGGGAGCCAAAGAAAAGUUCAGACCUUGUUGACGACGAGAUUCAAGAAUUGAGGUCUUAUUGGAUGGGAUUGGAUAUUAAGAUCAAAAGAGACUUUAUGAAAGUAAGCAUUGCAAAGCUUAAAAGUUUUGUCGAGGGAGUACAUAACAGAGAGGGACGAGAUGUUUUUGAGAAAGUUCUCACUUCUGCUAAGGCAGAUAGAAAAUGGACGUUUUGGAUGUGUAGAAGUAAAUGUUUGAAGAAGCUUUCUAGUGCUGAAGAAUGUAAGAAUCAUUUUGAACAACAACAUGAUGCAGAUUUUAAAAAUGCUUCGAAAAAGGAUAUGGUCCAGAGGAUAGGAAAGGACUGGGCUCGUAAGAUAUCGGUUGGAGCUUGGGAACCAGUGGAUACAGUAGCUGCCGUUGAAAUGAUCAAGAAUCGGCUCGCAGAUGUGAAAGCGUUUGCACCUAAGAAUGGAUGGUCCGAAGAGUGGCCUUUAGCUGCAGAUGAAGAUCGCAGUAAGUUACUCAAGGAAAUCAAAUUGCUCCUUGUGUCACUUUGUGACCAUAAAAUUCUUCCUUCUAGCAUUCGAGAGUGGCUGAUGCGUUUUCCGGUUCAACAUCUUGCAAAACUUGAUGUUUCCGAACAGAGUCUUAUUGAUUCUCACCUAGUGGGAACACCUCAGAGUAUCUGUUUUCUUGAAAGUCAUGAACUCAAUCAAAUCCUAGACUUUCUAAAAACCAUCAAGUGUAAAAGGAAUGAUGGUACAGAUCUGGUUUGCAGAGCAGUGAACAGUUUCUUGGAUCAUACUCGAGUCAAAGAAAAGAUCGACUUUGACCCUCAGUUUUCAUUUCUGCUUCUGGAUAAAAGACUGCUAAAAUGCAAAGAUGUUCCAUUCGAUGAUGAAGGGACAAUCAAUGUUUUUGAUCCCAAUGCUCACUACGCCAAGGCACCAGCUCAGGGAGAUGAUAUCAUAUCCUGGUUAACUGACUACAAUUCAGUAGAUACGAUCUUUCCCAGACCUAUCAGGGAACACAAUUUUGGUAUCUGGGUGGCUGUUCUGAAAGCUGUUCAGUUCACAUUUUCGUUUUUGGGAAAAAAAUAUGCAAAGAAAUAUCUGGUCUUAGAUUAUGAUGCAGCUCUUACUGUCGUUGAGAACUUGUGUAUGAGUGAAGAUGAAAGGAGAAAGAAUCUUCUGGAAGAUCAGUGGAAUAAAUAUGCAUCUCUUCUAUGCGAUAGCUGUGAAGAGAGAGUCUCCGAAAAUUCCAUCACUGCAAAUUUUUUCUUGUGGGCAGUACGAGAUGUUCUCCAAGGAGCAUCGCAUCCGACAUUUGAUUUCCUCGAUUCAGAAGAUUGCAUGAAUCUUAUACGUCAGCGUAAAAGUCUCGGCGAUGAUAUAGCGUUGAAGUCCAUACACCACCUGAAAUCAGUGGUCACCCACAAGGUUCUACUAAUCGAUUCUAAGAUUUUGCUGAUUGAUAAUUCAAGGAUUACUUUGCUAACCAACCUCACCAGGCUUUCUGCUUUUGACAACCGCACUUAUAUCCUUCGACUGCUGAAACCUUUCUUACUGAAUGAAAUUGUGAAUAUGGAAUCCAACGCCAAGUCAGAUAUAGCAGCAGCUUAUCUUUUACUCGAGGAGGAGAAGAAGUCACGGUCAAAGAAGAAAAAAAACAAUAAGAGGAAUUCAACGAGCUUGUCUACUCCCCUUGAUAAGACUGUUGAACAUGAACCUUCUGUCGAUCUUGAACCUGGAGUUACAUCUCCAUCACUAAAAAUUGUGAAAGAAGAUUUUAUGGAACCAGAAGAUACUCGUGCAGGUGAAAGGGGUCGAUUGGAAAUUUCAUCCAACACUGACAAUCAAGAGGAAGCUACUAAAUUUGACCCUGAUAUGCAAAACAUGCCUAGAGAAGAUUCACUGUCAGAACAUAUGGAGUCAGCAUCUGGAGAAGCUUCAGCCAGAUACAAUUCAGCUCUUGACAUGACGCUGAAGCUCAUUCUAGAUCUCUUUACUUUCUUAUUCUCGUUGAUAAGUUCACAGAAACAUGUGGUAUUGCAGGCCCUCCUGAACAUUAAGAUUCUCAAAGAGUAUUUGAUGCACAAUAUGCAACCGUUUCAAGACCACUUGGAAGAACCAGUUCCUUCUGCGCUACAAACUUUAUUUACUGCUUUUGUGUCAGAGGACAUAAAAAUCGAGGGAGUCUACAGUUGCCUCUUAAGCGACUUACUUGUUUCCGUUGAAGAAAUGUUUUCCAUGGUUUGUGUGGAGAAGUUGAGUGAUGCUGAUGCUGCUGAGGUAGUUGUAGCCAUCUUUGAGUUUUGGCAUUGCUGGAAAUAUCGAGAAAGAGAGAGUUUGGUAACUCGCCUUUUCACCUUGGAGGAAAAUGAAAGAAUGAGUUGUAUAAAAUGCAGAAGUCGGCCAAAUUAUCCAGAGCAACGUUCUCAUGGCAUUGUUGUGGCUGCAGAUUCAAUUAGAGACCUGAAGUGUGCUCUCGGAAAUAUGAAGUUUGUGGAUAUCCUUAAGGUGACCCGCAUGGAAUAUAAAAUGUUAUGUGACACUAGAUCAGGAGGAUGUGGAAGGACAAAUAUUGUUCAUCAUAUUAUAAGUAGAUGCCCGCCAAUCUUCACAAUCGUGUUAGAAUGGGAGAAGAGUGAAACUGAAAAAGAAAUAUCUGAAACAACAAAGGCUUUGGAGUGGGAGAUAGAUAUCAGCAGGCUGUACGAAGGCUUAGAACCAAACACUAACUACCGGCUUGUGUCAAUGGUUGGUUGCAGUGAAGUAGAAGAAGAACACAUUUGCAUAGCUUAUGAAAAGAACCGAUGGGUCAAUCUCAAGCGUGAGUCUUUAGUAGGAGAGGAUAUUGGUAACUGGAAGAGUGUGGUCAGGUUCUGUGGAGAAAAGAAGGUUCGACCAGAGAUUCUUUUUUAUGAAGCUGCGAGAUGGAUGGCUUAA